AUGACUACCUCCGAGAGACGCAAUUUCUCGAGCCUGUCCUUCUCCUCCAAGAAACACAUGAAUCAUGCUGAUACUGCGACGCACACUCCCACCACGACCAAACUCAAGAAUUUCUUCCGCAUCAAUAGUUCCGGCAGUCAAACCUCAAUAGGCUCAGACGGACUGCCCACUCCAAAGACGGAAUCCAAGCCUGGCAAGCAAUCGAGAUUCCUCCCAGGCCUCAAUAGGAAUCGCUCUCAGACUGUUGCUAGUGAAGGCCACCCUCUCGACGAAUCCCUCUCUCCCACAGCUCAAGCCAACCCAUACUUUGUGCACCAGGGGCCUCCCACCUUACGACAUCACAACGAUGGCAGCGUUCCUCCUUCUCCGCCCGAUACCCCCAAAGUCCAAGUAAAUGGCGCCACAGCAGAAGAGAAGGCAGUGACUGCCGGCAAGGAGGAGCUCGCGCGGAAACUGAGACGGGUGGCGUCUGCACCCAACGCACAAGGUCUCUUCACUGUCAAUAAGAACAACGAUGAAAGGCCGCAAACCGCCGAGCUGGGGAAAGAGCCGCUCGCCGUCCUUUCAGGAGCAACACCUAAAUUGAGCAUGGCUCCUCCUCCUCAGCCAGAUGCGAGUCCGCUGAUCCUGCCAAAACCUGGAGGUAAAAUCCCGCUUCCAGGUCAAAUCCGCCAAUCUGUCGCUUUUAGGAGAACGUACAGCUCGAACUCGAUCAAGGUGCGCAACGUGGAAGUAGGCCCUGGCAGCUUUGACAAAAUCAAGUUGAUUGGUAAGGGUGACGUGGGCAAGGUGUAUCUGGUCCGGGAGAAAAAGUCCAACCGCCUCUAUGCCAUGAAAGUGCUGAGCAAGAAGGAAAUGAUCAAGCGAAACAAGAUCAAGAGGGCAUUGGCCGAGCAGGAGAUUUUGGCUACAAGCAAUCAUCCCUUUAUUGUCACCCUCUAUCAUUCAUUCCAAUCUGAAGAACAUCUAUACCUCUGCAUGGAGUACUGCAGUGGUGGAGAAUUCUUCCGUGCCCUGCAGACUCGGCCGAAUAAGUGCAUCGGUGAGGAAGACGCCCGCUUCUAUGCUGCAGAGGUGACGGCUGCACUGGAAUAUCUGCAUCUUAUGGGGUUCAUCUACCGCGAUCUCAAACCCGAAAACAUUCUCCUGCACCAGUCUGGACACAUCAUGCUGUCAGACUUUGAUCUUUCCAAACAAUCCGAUUCUGGUGGAGCGCCGACCAUGAUUCUGGGCACUCGUAACGCUUCCAAUCCCACGGGUUAUCCUCUGGUCGAUACCAAAUCGUGUAUCGCCGACUUCCGAACGAAUUCUUUCGUGGGCACAGAGGAGUACAUUGCUCCCGAAGUUAUCAAGGGCAAUGGGCACACUAGCGCGGUCGACUGGUGGACUCUGGGUAUACUGAUUUACGAGAUGCUCUUUGGGACCACACCUUUCAAGGGCAAGAACCGCAAUGCGACAUUUGCAAAUAUCCUCCGUGACGAGGUUCCAUUUCCAGAUCACUCGCACUCGACACAAGUCAGCAACCUCUGCAAAUCCGUGAUUCGCAAGCUCUUGAUCAAGGAUGAGGUCAAACGUUUGGGAUCCCGCGCAGGCGCAUCAGACGUCAAGAACCAUCCCUUCUUUCGGCCUAUCACCUGGGCACUACUGCGGCAUAUGAAGCCGCCCAUGAUCCCUCACCAAGGCCGGGCCAUUGACACAUUGAACUUCCGAACGGUGAAGGACAGUGGCAGCGUGGACAUUGGAACUUCGGCAAGCCGUCUAAAGGGUGUUCCUCUCGACUCGGGUAUGGCUACCCCUGGUGGCGAGAUUGCCGACCCGUUUCUCGAAUUCAACAGUGUCACUCUGCACCACGAUGAUGAAGAUACGAUUAUGAUGCACGAUGGAGGGCAUAUGAAUGGACAUUGA